AUGGAACAUUCUUCAUCAAGAGCGCAGCAUGCCUCUGAGCCGAGCCUCUUCAUCAUCAGCUCAGACACUGGCAAGCCAGACGCCCAAACGCGCCGGCUAAUACGCCGCCAUGUCAUGCGCGGGAAGAACAGGCGGAAGCAAUACGAAAACAAGUGCCCAGGCCAGUUGGGAUCUAGUAGCGAUUACUGGACUCUCACGUCCCCUCGAAAGAUCACGUCUGAGCUCUCCUUGUUGACAGGCGUCCCUCACAUGCAGCACUUGAUCUAUCGAGCAUUCACAAUAGUCAAGCCGUCGACAUACAAAAUUGAGGUCAUUGUUGCUGACGACCCAAGAAACAACAUGCUGUGCUUCCCGGCCUUGGCCUCGAACCCUGCUCUCCUGCACUCCGUCUGUUUCUUUGCCCAGGCCUUCCACGACACAUCAAAAAAGUCUUCAUUAAGUCCACUGGCGCAGACACACCUGACCAUGGCUCUCGUCUACCUGCAGAAGUCUCUCGUUGACAGCGUCGCCGCCACGAGCGAAGCCACCAUGUCGACGGUCGUGUCGCUUGCUACUGCUGCUGCCAUCCUAGGCGAUCUUGACUCCUUGCAAAAACAUGUCGACGGCUUGUCCCGUAUGAUAGAACUACGUGGCGGUCUUGAUACCCUUGAACCGGGUAAUUUCAUCGUCCUUAAAGCGACCAGGCUCGAUUUUGGACUCGCAAUGGCCACAGGAGCGCAUCUACGGUUCACGCCAAAGAACUUGUCGUGGGAUCCUGUCAUAGCCCAGGGUGUCCAUGCAGACCAGCUCACUGAGUUGGCCAUGCUUCGUCCCGAACUUGACACGAGACUUCUCAACAUCUGGGCCGAUCUGCGGGUCUUUGCACGAGCAGCAAACGAUGCCACGUCAUCAGGUGUCAAGAUGCCACAUGACUUGUUCCAUCGACUGUCGUCUGCCAUCCCUGCUCGUCUCAUUGCACUGAAAGAUGCUUGCCGCAGCUCUCCUGUUUCUGAGCUGCUCCGACUGGCCAUGAUCGCCUUCAUGAAGACCAUCCUUGUGCAGAUUGAGGGUCUUGGCCCGCGAUUGACAGCAUUGGCCGCUGAUCUAAAGGAGAUAUUCCUCGCAAAACCAUCGUGUCCGUCAGACCUCCUCUUGUGGGUUCUAUUCACCUCCACGAUAUCUAUAUUCGAAAAUCUGGGCGACCACGAGUGGCUUGUCUCCGCCCUUGGCAAAACUCUUUCCGAACUGGGACUGCGCACAUGGCCAAGCACUAGGAACGCUCUGAAACAUUUUCUCUGGAUCGACUUUCUUCACAACAGGCCUGGGCAAGACGUUUUCAGCCGGUUCAUCAGCCAUCCCACAGAAGAAACCGCUUAG